AUGGAUAUUACAAAAUCUCCAGGAUACAAAGAUUUUUUGUGGGCUGUUAAUCUACAUCGUGUUGGAUUCGAAAUGGUUGGCUUGUGGCCUAAAUCCAACAAAUGCACUGAGAAAAGUUUGUCGCCCGAUAUUUGGGUCGGCAUCAUUUAUAUUUUAAUAAUAUUUAUUGCUAAUGUUCCGAUGAUAUAUGCGGUUAUAGAAGUAUGGGGUAAUAUGGUACUUGUAAUAGAUAAUUUACAUACACUGUUACCGCAACUGAUAGCAUCAUUAAAAUACGUCAUUAUGCGACGAAAACAAACGGUUGUAUUGUCAAUUGUAAACAUGAUGGCGGAAGAUUGGAUAGCAUUCAAACAAGAUAGAGAAAGAAAUGUGAUGAUAAAACGAGCACAAACAGCACGAUUAAUUACGAUAAUUGGAUAUGUUUUCAUUGUAACGGCGGUUCUCGGAGUGAUCAUUUCAACUUGUCUUGGCGUUCCGGUAGCAUACGUAAUAACGAAUUUGACGGGUGUGAGCAAACCGUUACCGUUGAAGUCUUAUAAUUUUUACAAUACAGAUAAGAGUCCGCAAUUUGAAUUGAUAUUUUUCAUUCAAAGCUUUACGACCUUCUUAGAAGGUACCAUUUACACGUGUGUAGAUAGUUUUCUAAUUUUAAUAAUUCUUCACGUUUGUGGCCAGUUAGAAAACUUUAGAUGUCGAUUAACUGAUUUGAUUUCAUGCAAAAAUUUUAAUGAAGUUUUGAACAACAUCAUAGAAACCCAUUUACGUCUUAUAAGAUUUGCCGACAACAUCGAAAAUACAUACUCUGUAAUGAUGUUAGGAUCGAUAUUUUAUUUUGGUAUUUCAUUUUGCCUAAGUGGGUUUUUGUUUACUAUUGUAAGAUUCAGUGAAAUAAAUUCGAGAAAAUUUCAUAACAGGCGUAGUAUGCCUCUUUGUACUACCGUAUAA